GAAGUUCCUUUUAUCCGGUUACAUUGACUAUGGUUCAACACCUACUCUAAAAAUAUGUACGACGCCUCUUAGUUUUAACCCUUGAAGUCUAAAUCGGUAUACUAUUUAUUAUAUCUACACUUCCAAAGAAGGAAAAUGCGUAUCUUCGUUCACAUUCGUGAUAAGAUCAUCGCUUUGCAGUGUGGUGACGGCACCCAAGAGGUUUCAUGGCUUGGUAACGCUGCUAUGGUGCACUAUGACAGCAGCUUUAGCAAGCGAUAUAGAGUACCAGUGCCCAUUCGCAAAGAGGGUGGUAUUGCUUGUGACCCCGAGGCACUCAUUUAUGAAGUGUUGGACGAUAAUCAACACGUCUUUGCGGAGUUUGAAGAUUCUGAGAUGUAAAAAGUAUGGCAGAAGCACUCCAUGGGUAAGGAAGGUCGUAUCAAGUAGAAUUUGGGGAUGAAUAAUUUUGGAAAAAUCCCUUUAUGUAAAGGACUUGUGUUCCCUUAUUCAACGUGGUAACAGCUGCAACUCCCUUGAUUUUCAUAAA